AAAUAGACUACAUAUAAUUUUCUAAAUAGAUUCGAUCCAUUAACAAAAUCACUCUUAGCAUCCUACCGAGGGUCCGGACUAUUAUAUAAGAGGAUCUGGGGAUAUCCUCUUAUAUGAGUGGGACGAUGGCCGAGAACCACCAACAGUUCCUCUGGACAAAAUACCCUACGGAUGAUAAUAUGUUCGGUGAUUUCCCUGCCCAUUUCAAAAUGUAUGUGAAGAAGAACCAACUGCUCUGCCAACGUGGAUACUUUAACAGAGGCUGGGUUUUUUCGAAUCAAGAAGAUGACUGUUGCGAACCUCCUCCUCCUCCUCCGGCUCCCUUCUCCUUGGAGAUAAUCGAUUUGGAAUUAGAUACAUCGGUUGCUGCUAACCGGGAUCUUGUAGAGAAGAUAAAAUCCGUAAUAAAAUGGAUGGUAUUCUCGCCUGGAGAGUUUCUAGUUCAGUUUUGGAAAGCCAUAGAAAUUGGAGGAAGGCGUUUACUUACAACUCGAGACCAACCUUUUGGUGUUUCUACAAUUGAACAUGCUGGACUUUGUUCGUACAGGUUGGUAUCUCUGGGUUAUGAAUUUUGCGUGGAUGUGGGGGCGACCGAUGAAGACGAGCUUGGUCUACUUGGCCGUGUGUUCCGGCAUCAACAGCCAGAGUCUACUCCAAAUAUUGGGUAUUACUCAUGCAAAGAGUAUCCACAGCGUAAUCAAGCAAUCGUUAACAAUAUUUCGGGAGCUUUGACUUUGCCCGUGUUUGAGCGUUCUGGAGGACAGCCUUGUGUUGGUGUACUUGAGAUUGUUACCGCCGCCAAAGGAAAUUAUUACUUGCGUGAAAUUAAAAACUGGAUGCGCAAAGACUUUACGUUUGUAGACCUGAAAUAUCCAGAAACAUGUAAGCAAUUGUGUUAUAAGCCAACCCUGUACAAGGAUGAAGCUUUUGAAGCUGCACUGGUUGAAGUGAAAGAGGUGUUGGAACUGGUGUGUAGAACACAUUAUCUACCUUUGGCUCAGAUUUGGAUCCUGUGCAGGCUUUGCCAUCCUAUAGGCAUCGGUGGUAGCUUUAAUGUAAGCUGCAGGGAACAUCUGGUGUCUGAAAGGGAUACAUGUUUUCAUAUGGACAAAGAUAAGUUUCAUUUCUCACAUGCAUGUUCUUUGCAUACGCUACAAAAGGGACAGGGGGUUGUUGGGAGGGCAUUUGCAUCUCAUAAUUUGGUCUUCUGCAAAGAUAUUACUCAGUUCAACAUAACUGAGUAUCCCUUGGCACACUACGCACGUGAGUGUAGCUUCACGGGUUGUUUUGCAAUUUGCUUGCAAGAAAGUUAUACUGGAGACAAUGUCAUCGUGCUAGAAUUCUUUUUGCCCCCAAGCUACACUGAAGGUGGUGGGGAUCCGAGGUUCAUCUUGUUUUUGUUAGUAGCAACGAUGAGGCACCAUUUAAAAAGUUUUAAGGUUGCUUCAGGAGAAGAACUAGGAGAUGCAUUAUCUGUUGAAGUUAUUGAUUUUUCAAAGGAUGAUAAACUCGAUCAUUUUCAAAUACCCCAAAUUGCAAGAUCUCCAGAUGGGAUAGAGAAUGGAUUGGAGGUGGUGUGCCUAGGUUUAUCAUAUCAACAAUGGCUACAAGUGGAUGCUAUAGACAUUGGAAACAAUGUUUUUAGUAACACAGAAAUAAACAUUGCUGCUGCAACCUCCUCAUGGCAAAAAUGCAUAACUCAUCAAAUACCCCAAAUUGCAAGAUCUCCAGAUCGGAUAGAGAAUGGAGGGGAGUUGGCAUCAUAUCAACAAUUACUACAAGUGGAUGCUAUAGACACUGGAAACAACGUUUUUAAUAGCACAGAAAUAAACAAGAUUGCUGCUGCAACUUCCUCACAGCAAAAAUGCAUAACUCAUCCGUCCAAAAGACAAUGCAGAAAAGCUGGAAUUCCAAUUAGUUUCGAGGACAUCCAAAAACGUUUUGGAAUGAAACUUGAUGAUGCUGCAGAAAGCCUUGGUGUUAGUCGAUCUACAUUGAAACGCGUCUGCCGGGAAUAUAAUAUAUCAUGGUGGUCACCUAGAAAGAGAACCAAGGAUAACGGCUCUCUUUCCAAAAAAAUUGUCCAAGGUGCUGCUGAGGGUCAGAUCCGAGAAUCUAGUCAAUCCCCAUUUUCUGAUCCACCUCAUAAGCAAGACUUGGCUAUUGCUGCUCUUACAAAGCCGUAUUUUAUGGAAGCGCAAGAUACAAGUACUGUAAAUAUAAAGGCAAAAUAUGGAGAGUAUUUUAUUAAGUUUCAGCUACCUGUGCUGUCGGGAAUGGUAGAGUUUCAACAAGAAGUGACAAAGAGGUUGAACUGGAUGGCUGGAACUUACAAUGUCAAGUAUCAAGAUGAUGACAAUGAUUGGAUUUCAGUAUCUUGCGAUGAGGACCUACGGUAUUAUAUUUGUAACUCCAGAUCACAGGGGAGGAAUCCAGUCACAUUCUCACUUCAACCAAUUACUAGUUGCCCACCUUAACUUCUUGUUGAGUAUUCCCCCGUUCCUCACUUUAGCUGCAUCUGCAAUUUCCAAGGUUCUUAUGUUAUAUGUUUGUUACAAGUUUGUGUCAAAUUUUUAUUGCAUGUUGUUGUUUAAUUAAUUGGAUUGAGCUGUUUUGAUGUAUUGA